AUGGAGCUCCGGUCGGCGAACCUCUUCCACUCGGACUCGGCCGAUCUCGCCGGCUGGGGUACCGGCUAUGCCGACGAGGACAUCGAAUUGGAGGACAUCGGCCCGGGCCCCGAUGGCGACCCAUACUCCACGGACAUGCACCAGCUGGGUCGCGGCUCCGGCCUCGAUGAGGACCCACCAGCCGACAUCCUCUCCGAGGAGGUGUCCCCCCUUGUGAGCGAGGCCGACUCCGGCGACCACCGGGUGGCCGGCAAAUCCCCGAGAUCGCAGUCGCUUCGCGGCUCGGCCCCCACGCCCCCGGCCCCCGGGGGCCUCCUGGCUCCGGUGUGGGCUUAUCGCAAGCGCGGCUUGGCCCUGGUGCUGGGGUUCUUCGCGGCCGUGGCCCUGAUCACCGGCCUGUCAACUCCCUACCCUUCGACCGGGGAAAGAUCGCUGGCCGCCGGCGGGACCAGCCGCAUGGAGAAGAUACCCUGGGACUAUGCCACGGGGGUUCGGCUGCUCGAGGCCGCCCACCCGAGCCCGGGCUCCUGCGCCGGGGUGACGGCCGUCAUCUUUCCCGGACCGGUGAGGCCCGCCCUCAGUCUGGACCCCGUGCGCUGGGGGGUCACCCGGACCGGGCGCUUUGCCCCGGCCUCCGGGCCCAGCUGGCCCAUUGGCCUGGACCUGCUGCAGGGGUCCCAGGUGGACAUCGAGACGCACAUCGACAUCUCCGAGCUGGCGAACCGCGGCCAGCCGGCCGACGACCUGGCCAGCCUGCGCGUGACCAUCGAGUACCUGGAGCAGCCGCUCGCGCGGGCCUUCCUCAAGGCCCAGCCUGGGCCGGGGGCCGCCGGCAUGGCGGUCCUCCAUCGGGACACCUUCCGCCCUGGCGGGCCGCUGAACUUCAAUGCCACCAUCAGCCUGGUCGGGGACAGUCGGCUGUGGUGCCGGGUCGCCGUCGAGGGGAUGCCCCCGGGGCCCGACACGGCCGCCAUCACCGUGUCCCAGCGCUUCGACGUGGCGGCCCGGGUGUAUCAGCAUACGCAGCCGUGGGUGAUCGGCCAGGCGCCUGAGCCAUCGCCGGGGCAAGGGGCUGACACCCUCAGCGGGAGUGAUGGCCCCGGCCCCGGCGGCGGCGGCGGCGGCGGCAGCAGCAGCAGCAGCAGCAGCAGGAGCAACACCGAUGACCGUGGCAAUGGCGAUGGGUCAACGAGCACCCCAAGCGACUCGGCCGAGGAUGAUGACGCGCCGGCCAUGGACCGGCCCCUUUCGUGCCGGGGAUGUGGCUGCCAUGCGGUCCUGCCCAAUCGCGGCGCCCGGCCCCUGGACAUGUAUGUGGUGUUUGUCAAUCGGCUGCCGGAGGAUGCGGUGCUGAUCGGGCCGCGUCCCCGGCCGCCCGGGGCGCCCGAGCCACUGCCCCUGCCCCCUGGCCCGGUGGGAGUGCCCGGCCACCAGCCGGCCGCCUUCCGCCGCCAAGUGGCCCACCGCGCCGGGCCCUAUGCCGCCAUUUGGUCGUGCAUCGGCCUGGGCCUGCUCCUGAGCCUUUUCAUCAUGUGGCACACGGCGAUGCCGCCGCCGCCGCUGCCGCCGUCGCCGCCGACGCCGCCGCCGGGGCCCGUGUCUGGGCGGCCCGGCUCGCGCGCUUCCAAGCAGCCCGGCGACUCGGACGACGGGCCCGACCUCGAGUCCGAUCCCGAAGGGGGAUGGCCGCCCGGGGCGGUGGUGAAGACUCCGCGCGGGCCGCGGCCCAGCCUCGGCCCGGGCAGCGGCCGGCUCGGGUACGUCAGCCACACGGCGGCCGUGAUCGAUGCCAUGGCGACGCCUGGGGCUUCGCCGCUGCUUCUGUCACCCGGGGCGAGCUUCCUGCCACCACCGCCGCCCGGCGGGGUCCGCAGUCUGCCCUCGAGCCGGGCCCAGGCGCACGGCCUGUCACCACCCAUCGGGAUAGCCAUCCCGCCGCGCCACCAUCAGCACUCCGAUGGAGUGGGCGUGGCCAGCCCGCCAGCCCCGGGGACAGUCAACCUCCCGCCGCUGGCGACCGCCGACGUGGCAGCCGGCCUGGAGGCUACACACUCCGAGCGCCUGCACCCGGACCGGGCUGACUCCCCGGCAUGGGGGUCGUAGGCGCUGCCCCUCAUCCAUGCCAUGUCUUCGCGCCGCCCGGCAAUGUACCUGCUGCCAAGGAGAGGUAUUUCCCUCGGUCCGACGGACGUCCCUGGACACAACACGGCC